AUGGAAGAAGUGUACAACAGAAAGAUGCAACGGGAAAGAAGAAACAAAGAAUCUUAUAAAAGAAACUCCUCCAAAUCAUUUUCAGCAUUUCCGAUUAAAAAGUUUAAGGAGGAUUCCAUUCGAGCUACAUCGGUACCUAAACGAUCAAAGACUAGAGUAACUCAACCUGAUUGUGGAAUAUCAAUCAGAUCAGAUGCUAGUGAAGCUAGUGUACAAAAUACUCCCAGGUCUAAAUGUCAACACUGUAGAAAAUACCACUUGAGUGAAUGCAGAGGUAAAACAAGAGCUUGCUACAAAUGUGGAGCCACUGAUCAUUUUAUUCGGAAUUGUCCUCUGUUACAAAAAUAUGAAGAAGAACAGAAGGAGAAACAGAUGGCUACUUCUCAGAGAAGUAAACGUGCGAGUCAAAGCAGUGCUGCAGGAGCUACUCGUUCGAGUGCAAAAGAUUCUGUUGCUCGGUCAGAGGUUAGAGCACCAACACGUACAUACGCCAUCCGAGCUAGAGAAGAAGCCAAGGCUCCAGACUUUAUUGCUGGUACUUUCUAUCUCUUUGAUGUUAUUGUAUAUGCAUUAAUUGACCCAAGGUCUACACAUUCUUAUAUUUGCACAGUAUUAGCAUUAGAAAAGAAAUUGUCUGUUGAACCAACUGAAUAUGAUGUUCAAGUUACUAAUCCGUUAGAACAAAGGGUGAUAGUAAAUUUAGUGUGUCGAAAUUAUCCACUGAAAAUAAAAGGCUGUGAGUUUCUUACUGAUUUAAUGUUGCUAACCUUUCGGGAAUUUGAUGUUAUACUGGGAAUGGAUUGGUUAACAAAAUAUGAUGCUAUGAGGUUAAUGCGAAAGGGUAAUGAGGUAUUUUUAGCUUACAUCAUUGAUACUCGAGGAUCUGAACCAAAACUAGAACAGUUGCCGGUUGUUAAUGAAUUUCCUGACGUAUUUCUUGAAGAAUUACCUUGUUUACCACCAGAUCGGGAAGUUGAAUUUGUGAUUGAUGUGGUACUGGAGAUAGCUCCUAUAUCAGUGACACCAUAUCGUAUGGCACCAGCUGAGUUAAAAGAGCUAAAGACACAGUUGCAGGAAUUACUAGACAAAGGGUUUAUUUGUGAUAUCCCGAAUUAG